AUGACAACUUAUACUGCUUUUCCUGACGUUCAAAUUAUCAUUUUGCUUUUUUCUUGGGUGGGUUUGUUCAUAGUCGCCAAUUCUGCUGCUGAUAAUUUCUAUGAUGACGUUGACUUAACAUGGGGUGACCAUCGUGCUCAAAUUCUGGAUGAAGGAAAGUCUCUCUCGCUGACUCUUGACAAAGCUUCAGGCUCCGGGUUUCGGUCUAAGAGAGAAUAUCUAUUUGGAAGGAUCGACAUGGAGAUUAAGUUUGUUGCAGGAGACUCUGCUGGCACCGUUACUGCUUAUUACCUAUCUUCAGAGGGGCCAUAUCAUGACGAGAUUGACUUUGAGUUCUUGGGGAACUCAAGUGGUGAGCCAUAUAUUGUCCACACUAACGUUUACGCUCAAGGGAACGGAAACAGGGAGCAAAAGUUUUACCUCUGGUUCGACCCAACAAAAAAUUUUCACACGUAUUCUAUAAUAUGGAAUCUCCAAAGCAUCAUUUUCUUGGUUGAUAAUAUCCCCGUAAGGGAGUACAACAACGAGGAAGCCAUCGGAGUUCCCUUUCCCAGUAAGCAGCCAAUGAGGGUUUACUCCAGCCUGUGGAACGCAGACCAAUGGGCAACAAGAGGUGGUCUAGUGAAAACCAAUUGGUCCUGUGCUCCUUUCACAGCCUACUACAGGAAUUUCAAUGCCAAUGCCUGUGUUGCUUCAUGUACUGAUUGUAGUUCAAAGAUGAGUGCUCAAGGUCUUGAAGCAAACGGCCGAAGAUUGCUAAGGUGGGUGCAAAAGUACUACAUGAUUUACAACUAUUGCACAGAUUUAAAGCGAUUUCCCAAUGGUCGCCCUAGAGAAUGCCGGCGUUCAAGGUUUAUGUAA